GGAGUGGUCAGUGAACGGUCAGUUAGGAGGCUGUAUGUUUGUAUUUGUGGUAUGACGUCUGUUCCUUUCUCUUUUGUCCGCUCUGUGGAGUUCUGGAGUUGGUUCAGGAUGGCGGUGUGUGUUCUGCCUGUGGUGUUGGUUGUGAUGGGAGUGUAUGUAGACUACACACACACUGCAGACCGCUGUUCUACACUCACUGUUUCCAAUGACUCCCUGCUGGUGGAGUACGGAGAACCUGUUAAAGUGAACUGCUCCAUAUCAUCCAAACCUUCAUCACAUUUCUUUCUGGGCUGGGAGUCUCAGUUUAAUGCUGUCCAAACAGACAGUGAGACCAGUUUGGUGUGGAGGGCGCCCAGUCUGACAGAGUGGGAGGUGAACGGAAGAGAGAUGUUCUGUUACCUGUCAGUGCCGAAUACAGAACAAUGUAAACGGAAGGUCCAUCUGACGCUUUACAAGCGUCCAGACAGUGUGAAUAUCAGUUCUGAGUCCAGCGUGUGGUCAGAAGGUCAGAUGAUGAAGCUGAAGUGUGAGAUUGAGAAUGUGGGUCCAUUACAGAACCUUACUGUGCAGUGGACCAGAGUGGACCAGAACAACAUCACAACAGUGACUGAAAUGCCGUAUGGAAGUUUCAGCACUUCUGGAGAGGAGAGGAAGAACGGGAAUGUGAUGUCCACACUGACUGUCUCGGCCAGCCGUGAUGAAGAUGGAGUCCAGUAUCAGUGUGCAGCUCUACUGAAGCUGGAGCAGCUCCAACAACUACAAUUGAUGUCUGUUCAACACUCACUGUUUCCCAUAAGUCCCUGCUGGUGGAGUACGGAGAACCUGUUGAACUCAACCUGCUCCAUAUCAUCCAAACCUUCAUCUGAUUUCUUUCUGGCUGGGAGUCUCAGAUUAAUCCUGUCCAAACAGGCAGUGAGACCAGUUUGGUGUGGAGGGCGCCCAGUCUGA